CCUGAAAAAUUCUCAUCUUCAACCCUAAACUGUUGUUAGUCAAGGAACUUUUGAGAGUAUCCCCUAGGUCAACUUGUAAUAGGCGUAGUUACACAAUAUUUGAAAACUCGUAAUUUUUUAGCAGUCGCCAUUUCCAAGUCUACUGGUCAGGAGAAAUAAUUUGCCGGGUAGAACAUGGACUUGCUAAUUUCACUGGUGAUAACUUUAAACAUAUACGUACAGACAGCAGCCACAGACACGACGCCUCGAGGCAAGUCCAAGGUACUUAUCGUUCUUUCAGACGGGAUGAGAUGGGAUCAUUAUGGACUCAGUCUGCCGAAUUUUGAAAAUAUUCAAAAAACUGGAGUUAAAGCUGAUUGGAUGGACGGCGCAUUUGUAACCCUCUCCACGGCGAGUAUGACAACUAUAUCUACAGGAUUGUAUCAAGAAUCGCAUGGUGUUGUUCACAACGUAUACUAUAGUGCAGAAUACAAAAACAGAACUAGCGGUUUUUUUGACACGCUGAACGUCACGGAGUGGUUCGACACUGGUUCAUGUGAACCAAUAUGGGUGACAGCUAUAAACCAGGGUUUGAAAGCUGGUACGAUAAACUACCCUGGAGGAAGUGUAGCUAUAAAAGGUGUAAAACCGACCAGAGACGUUCCUAACACCUGGUGGGCGUUUUUGAAUUACGGACUAGAACAGAGGGUCAAUGACGCUAUCACCUGGCUAACAAAGGAUGAAUUUGACUUGGUGAUGCUUUACUUUAAUAAACCAGACAACGCCCUCCAUGAAUUUGGCAUUGGCCACGCAAAUACCGAUGCGCAGCUGCACGAAGUGGAUGACGUGAUAGGUUAUCUGUUCGACAAAAUCGAUAAAGCAUCUUUAACUGAUAUACUGAACGUUAUUAUCGUCAGUGACCAUGGUCACGUGAACCAGGAGGUCAGAAAACACGUAGCAUUAUACGACUACAUAGACAAGGCAGACAUCGAUUUUGUAGUUGGUGAUUACGGCCCAUUUGUUCAAAUUCUUCCAAAGGAGGGAAAGCUAGAGAAGAUCUAUGAUAUCCUCGUUGAGGCUCAUCCAGCUCUUUACAUUUACAAGAAAGAAGAGUUUCCCGAACGUUUUCAUUACGCAAAUAAUCCAAGAAUCUUACCGAUAAUCGGAUUUGUUGAUCCAGGAUGGAGCCUGCAUUUGAACUACACGCCAGCCUCGGAGGGCUGGAAGUCCGAUCAUGGGUAUGAUAACAAUUGGAUGCUUAUGAAAUCCAUCUUCUACGCCAAGGGUCCAGCCUUCAAAUCUGGCUACAGAUCUCCAAACAUAGAAUCGGUGAAUGUGUAUCCAUUGGCGUGUGAGCUCCUAGGAAUCACUCCAGCCGCAAAUAACGGAUCGAGGGUCAACUACGUCGACAUGUUGCGUUCAGAUAUUGGCUCUGCUGGAUACAAUAAAGCUUCAAAAUAUGUUGCUUGGAUAAUGCUGAUUGUCAGCACCAUUAUGCCGUAUCUAUAAACUAGCUCCAUGUGGUGUUCUAACAUGAAUUUGUAACUAGGAGAACUGUUUUGUUUAUAGGGUUUAAUUAAAAGCUACAAAAUAUUUUAACAUAAAUGCGUUAGCUGGACUUCAAGACAUAUAGACAUUUGAAAGGAAAUCUUUAACGAUGUUCAUUCAAUAUUCACAAUUCAAUAUCUUUGUAUUGCCUGGCAAAACAGAAUUAAAUUCUUAGGUAUACGAACAAUUUCUAUGUAAUUUUUAAUGAAUGUGAGACUCAAAUGGAUAAAAUAUGCCUUUUAAAUAAUAAAUUGUGUGAAUUUAUGGGGCUUUGACAUCCAGUCCUUAUUAAUGUCUUUCCGUCGGGGACAUGGGAUGCCCACUACAAAUUCUGGCGCCACCACUGAAGAUACUAAUGAAAACUUAUAGGCCAAAAUAACCCCAGAACCUACAUGUGUCAUAUCUAUUCCGAAAUAUCUUAUAGAAUUUAACACAACGGUAUCCUGUACCAGUUUCAUUGUCUGUACAGGUCAAAUGUUAUCUUCUGAACUAUUUUUACAGUAUCAAAGGGAGGAAAAUAAAUUUAAAAUACCGUUAGCAUUA